UUCAGCCAACAUAGUGAGGUGCAACAAAUAGUAACCAAGAAGAGAUUAAUUUAUAUUCAAGAUGAAACCCUUUGCUCCCUUUUUCUUUAUGUUGUUGUUCUUGGAGGCUUUUUCCAACAUCCAAGUUUGCUUGGGAGAUUGUGAUAAUCUUCAGGACACUUGUCCAGCAGUUCCACCCAAUAAGCAGACCAUAUUCAUCAAUGGUCUUCAAUGCAAAAACCCAGUUAAUGUAACAGCUCAAGAUUUCAGGACCACAGAACUAAGCAAAGCUGGCCCUACAGACAUUUUUGGUGCAUCUUUGAAAAUUGUGAGUGCUGCUGAGUUCAAUGGUCUGAAUACUCUUGGCCUCUCCAUUGGAAGAAUUGACCUUGAUGGGAAUGGCCUGGUGAACUUCCACUAUCAUCCCAGGGCUACUGAAAUAAUCUUUGUUACCAAAGGUGUGUUGUUGGCAGGUUUUGUUGACACCAAAAACCAGUUUUUCCAGAAGUUUCUUAAAGUUGGUGAUGUCUUUGUGUUCCCCAAGGCUUUGUUCCACUUCUGUCUAAAUACUGGUUUUGAAGAAUCCACUGUUUUCUCAGUGUACAACAGCCAGAAUCCUGGCUUUGUGUCCCUAAGUCCUACAACUUUUGACACAACAUUGGAAUCAUUGGACAAGAUCAAGAAGAGACUCAUCUCACUCUCUGCCUCUGAAGCUUAAGCUCAAGCUCAAGAUGUCAAUAGUUUCAUCUCUCCAGAACUGGAAACCAUUUACAGUUAGCCAUUUCAAACUAUUUAUUGUCUAUUUAACUUCCUCAACGUUAGUUCAAUUACACAUAACCUCGUGCAUUGAAUAAAUGGAAAUGGUUUUGAAUUUUGUUUGGUUAUUGACUGUACUUCAAGUUUCAUUAUGUAUUACUACUAUUUCAUAUCUA